AGACGAGUUCAGUGUGUGUAAGCUCCUUCAUCCAUAGCUCCCUGUGUCCUUCCGGAGACGUGCACGCGCCACUAACACGCCGUCGUACACGAUGGCCAACCACACCGGUCAGCAAGGCCUGUCUGCGAUCCCCGACUGGGGGUACUCUGAGUCCCAGGACUUGGGUCCAUGUGAAGCGGAUGCUGGGCCGGUGCAUUCCACGCAGGUCCCGGGACACACCGUGCAGGGGGACGGCAUCCCUGGCCUGUGGUCCGGUGUCUCUGCAAGUGGCGGUGGAUCCCAUCCACCAUACCCGGCGCACAUCAAUGCAGAGGGAUUCACCCCCCCAUCGGCAUUCGCAGAUCUGCAUCCAGCGUGUGGGAGUGACGGGGUCGACAGGUCGGCCCAUUCAGCAGGGGUGGGGUGGGGUCAUKGUCCGUCCAUGUGGAAGGUGACAGACGGUGUGGGGGGCAGCCUGCAACCGACUAAUGCAGUCCCAGGUGGUGCACCACUGUCAUCGCCUGUGACACCAGUUCGCGGCUUCAGGAUCGGAUUGGGAGGUGAGGACGAAAACACCUUGCGGCAGCGCUUGAGGCAGCGUGCGAUGCGUGUUGCUGACGGUCUCCCUGUGGACUUGGAUGGUGGCGUGUUGGCAGGGUCUGAUGCCCCUGCUCCAAGGCCGGAGGCGGUCCACCAUGCCAGUCCCGCUGCCUCCGGUGCUUUCUCUCGAGGRGGUGCCACRGUCAGUGGACAACRGAGUCCUGCUGGGUCGGGGACAACGCAUGGCCAUCGAGGCGAYGGGUCACUUCAGCACAUGCAGGAGGAUGCAGGUGACACURCAUUGCCAUGCAAUGAGCAGACUACCCAGUCCUAUUACGUGCUGAACCACUUGAUCCGUGACAACGAGCGUAGYGCCUCGCCAGUUCAGCCUGUGCAUAACAGCGACGUUGGAGCGAACGGCCUGGGUGCCCAGGAAACGCCCCAGCAGCAGACACCUCCCAGCUGCGGUCGCAGCUCGGGUGCACGCACGGACACGCCGUCUCCUGUCCCUAGCGGAUUGCAGUCCGGGGCCGGGACUACGGCCUCGCAGUCGGGCGGGGGGGCGUCCACGCCUCCAGCCCCGGGCUCGUCGUCGCCCCCGCCGAAUACUGAGAGGUCGGGGGAUACGGAAACCGACUGGCUUUGUCGAUUCCGGAACGAGGUGAGGACGCUUAUGGGUGAAGAUACGGAGGUGUACAGACGUGCUCGGUUGAAGGCCGGGUUCUGGAACAUAGUGGAGCAGCGGAUGCGGGAGAAGGGUUACAACCGUAGAGAUGAGCAGGGGAAGAAUAAGUUCAAUCAGAUAAUGGAAUACUAUAGGAGGCUGAAGGCGCACGAGAAGUGGUCCGGAUGGCAGAGCUACUGGGAUAUGAACAAAGCUCAGAGGAAGAGGUACAACGUUGAUUUCGUCCUGAAAAGGAGCUGGUACGACAUCAUCGACCCGGGCGAGAAGGACAAGGACUCCAUCGACCUGUCGAAUCUAAUAGAUUCCGGUGAAGACGAGGAAUGUUUGGAAGAUGAAGAUGAUGCAGCCGACCAUGGAUCGGGGGCGGGAGGAGCAUCCGGCGAUCCGCCAGCUGGCGUCGGUGGAUCUACCUCUGGGUCGCAGGGCGCGGGCAUAGAGCCCACGCUGGGGAAACGCAAGCGAGGGUAUGUCAGUGCGCGGGAAUCGAGUGUGCAGUCUGUGACGAUUGUCAUGCGUGCGCACACAGUUGCAUUGACGCGUUCCGACAAAGAGUGCGCUGUGAUGCGGAUAGAAGCCACGCGGGCUAUCGCGACGCAGCAGGUGGAGGCUCGCCGGGAGCUGGUGCUACAAGAAAUCGCAUCUCGCGAGCGGAUUGCGGACAGGAUGGGGGAGAGGGUUGAGAGGGGUUACUCUGCUCUCGCGGAUGCCAUUCGCAGCUUGCGCAGCAGGAGGGGUAGCUCUAGGGAAUCACCGAGUAGCAGUGACUCCCGAUAGUGCGAGGGUUCUCGCAUGCAAUGCAGCAUUGCACAGCGCUC